CGUCCAUUCUAACCCUAAACCCCCGGCGCAGCCAGACCGGUGGAGGAAGCCGCCAGCCCACCACAGCAGCCAUGUUGCGCCGCGCCUCCCAGCUCCUCCGCACCAUCCCCGCCGCCACCGUGUUCCCCCGCCGCCUCCCGCAACCGCACCGGCACCCGCUUCCAGCCCCACCCGCCUAUCUCUCCCCCGCCCCCAGGCAACCGUCGUACUUCUACGCCACCGAGUCAGCGGCGGCGCCGGCGGCGCGGCCACCAAAGGUGCCGCGGCCACUGAGGACGGUGGGGAGCCUGCUGAGGCUGAACGACAUCCGCGACAACCCCGGCGCGACGCAGCAGAAGACGCGCAAGGGCCGCGGGAUCGGCUCCGGGAAGGGCAAGACGGCGGGGCGCGGGCACAAGGGCCAGAAGGCGCGCGGCACCGCUCGGUUCGGCUUCGAGGGCGGCCAAACCCCGCUGCGCCGCCGUCUCCCCCGCCGCGGCUUUAAAAAUCGCUUCUCACUCACGUUCCAGCCCUGUGGACUGGGAAAAAUUGCGAAGCUCAUCAAUGCUGGAAAAAUUGAUUCCUCUGAAUUGAUCACAAUGAAGACACUGAAGGAUACAAGUGCCAUUGGAAAACAAAUAAAGGAUGGGAUUCGGUUAAUGGGCCGUGGUGCAGAAGAAAUCAAAUGGCCAAUUCACCUCGAGGUAUCAAGGGCGACUGCAAGGGCGAAAGCUGCAGUUGAAGCAGCAGGUGGAACUGUAAGAUUGGUGUACUACAACAAGCUUGGGUUCAGGGCACUACUCAAACCUGAAUGGUUUGCAAAGAAGGGCCGCCUUAUACCAAAAGCGGCGAGGCCUCCACCCAAGCAACGAGACAAGGUUGAUAGCAUUGGCCGGCUACCUGCUCCCACGAAGCCACUUCCCUUCACAUCGGAGGAAUUAGAGUUUACUGCCAAGCGUGAAGCUGCUAAAGUGAUCGCUGCAUAGGAGGGAGUACAAAUCACUGAAGAAGCCCAUCCGAACUUUUAUUACUUACAUAAGUCUUGCACCGGGCAUGUAUAACAAUCACUUGCUCUUUCCUAUAGGUGUAUUCCUUGUGGGGGAUCCAUGUGUUUCCUUGUCAUUUGUGCUACGCGGGAAUGACAUUUUCUUCUUCCGGUGGCAGUAGUACCUCCUGGUAAGCACCAGGGCUGGCCGGUAAAAUAUCCUGUAACAGUCUUUUGAGAGAUCAGUUCAUUGUUUUCACUAAUAGAAACUUUUUCUCUAGGACAA